AUGAAAUUGAAAAUAGCAAGGCUUGUCAUGAAAGUGUCAGGACAUGGGCCUGGACAACAAAAGGUGAAAAUGGACAAAAGUGGAGAGAUUAUUUUACAUAAUGCUCUCCCAACUGCGUCUUCACUUGUGUUAAAGGGGCUACCUAUUGACCCUACUUGCAUUUUCUGUGGCUGUGCAUCUGAAUUUGUUGCUCAUAUUUUCCGUGGUUGUCAGUUUAUUCAGUUGAUUUGGGGUAUGGUUCCCUGGGGCUCUCUUCCGGUUCCUGUCGAUUACAUCCCUUUUCAGUCUUGGUUUGCAGGGACUAUUAUGCAGUCUGCUGCUUCUAAAAACUGGACUUAUUUAGAUAAGCUCUUUGGCCUUUGCUGGGCGAUUUGGCUUACUAGGAAUGGGGCCAGAUUCCGCUUAGAAGUGUAUUCUCCGUAUACUAUUAUUGAUUUAGCCUCGUCCUGGAGCACUCUAAGCGAAAAAGCUCGCCAACUGGACAAUGUCUUGGUCUCCUCUCCUCCUGGUUUUUCCCCUUGUCCUCGGGCUUUUAUUUUGCAGGGUGCUCCCUCGGAGAUAUAUGAUGUCUUGUUCUUUUGUGAUGGUGCUUGGGAUUCAGGUUCUUCCUGUGCGGGGGCUGGUUGGUGUUUUCAGGAUCCUAUUUCGUCCCAGGUUUUGGGGGGUGGGGCUAGGGCUUGUAUGGCUAGUUCUGCUCUUCAUUCUGAAUUGUUAGCUUGUCUCUGGGGUCUUCAACAUGUUCGUCAAAAAGGGUUCACUAAGGUUAGAAUUUUCAGUGACUAUUUAGCUAUGAUUCAGUUGCUGUCGGCUUCGAGUACGGUGGAAAUCUUGGUUACCUGGAUUGUCGAUGAAAUCCGGUGUAUUUUGUCCUCUUUUGUGGCCUGCUCCAUUUACAAGGUUUCUAGAUCUUCAGUAGAUGAGGCGCAUUCUCUAGCUGUUGCAGCUCGUUGCAGGGAGUUAUUGUUUAAUGUUUUUUAA